AUGCCCACCUUAGAGCUCUCCCUUGGGCGAUACGGACGCUAUAACCUAGCGUCGGUGCCAGACUUCACCGUCGGGGCCUUGCAUCAGUAUGUGGCGCUCACCUUCUGCUCCGCCAAGCGUAUCCACUACGGAAAUUCCUAUGUGUACCAAGGCGAGCUUCAGCGAGGGCCAGACAAGCCAAUCGAUGUUGUUUGCAAGAUGACCUUUAAUGAAGAUUCUGAUCGACUCGAAGACGAAGCUGGGUUCUACUCCACCCAGCUGAAGCCCCUGCAAGACUCAGCCGUGCCCAAAUUCUACGGUCUCUUCACAGGGACCUACAUCAAUUCAUCUGGUCGGAAUCGUGCGGUGAGGUGCAUUCUGCUGGAGCCCUGGGGCUCGCCACUCCAGGAUAUCGAGGCCUGCCCCAUGAAGUUACGCAUUGCAAUCGUGGAGGCUGUCCUGCGCAUUCACGCCGCUGGCGUUCAGCACAACGAUCUUUGCGAGUCCAAUAUCCUGAUUUCCGCAGACGGCCGCGAGGCGCGACUCGUUGAUUUCGACCAUGCCACCAAGCACAGAUGCAUGCGUAGGAUGCGUAUCACGCUCUAUUCGUAUCCACCACUGGAGGCAGAUGUGCAGUGUGAAGAGGUAUAUGAGAUCGCAAGUAUCAUGGAUAUUUGGCCGCCCAGAUACGUCUGGAUCCAUGGUAUUAAAUAUUCCAUCCACGGUUGUCCUACGCCUACCAAGUUCCUGGAGCUUAGAGGGGCGAACACCCAAGGAUACACCAGAGAGCAGCUUCUUGAGGAAGCGGAGGCGGUUAUCGGCGAGUAUGUUAGGGAAUAUGGAGACAGAUUCCGGUUUAUCGGUGAGCCUGGGAACCCGACGGACAUUGCAGAACCCACAGAUUCAGAGCUGGAAUCGGAUUCAGAGUCGGAAUCAGUCUCAGAGGCGAAGUCGGACUCACACAAGAUAGGAUACAGGGCAUCAGACACGAAGGUCCACCUCCUCGGACGCCUGCAAUGA